AUGUCGGGUCCCAAAGUUUCUGAUAAUGAUAAAAAUCGAGCAUGCCUCGAACGAUCCGAGCAUGCACAGUCCAAGUUACUGGAGAGUGUUCGCUGCCAGAAAGGAUUUUCUGAUGCAGAGAAGGGCGCAAUGAAUCUACAAAGCGCAUGCGAGUUUCGUGAGUACUGGAUACGAGUGACCAUGUCGCAGGGCAAUUUCGACGACAACCAUGAACACGGCUGCGGGCUUUGCGUCCGGCGUUCCCAGGCUUCGUCCAAGGUGGUUCUAACUUUCAUGGAUGACUUUUCUCCGCUUGUUGAUGCUGUCAAGGGCUGUAUCCCUGGUUACGGGGGACUGGCUAUUGCAACUGUUUCGCUUCUCUUCUUGGUUGCUCGAAACAAAGACGGCAUUGAGAAGAACCUGGCAUCUACGAUAGAGGCCAUUCGUGAUAGGCUUCCUGCCAUGGAUCUAUACAAGCAUAUAUACGACGAGAAUCAUGCCUUGGAUCAUGAGAUGCAGACUAGGGUUAUAGCCGCUUACGAAACAUUCAUGGAAUUUUGUAUCUCGGCCAUUGAAUAUUAUAAGGGCAGUGGUAUCUGGCGCUGGUUCAGAGCGUUGGCACCCGGGAGCACAAGCAUUGCAACAAAUGCUGCCCGGGUGCACACUUCCAUCAUCGGCAUAAGGCAGUUAGGCGAGGAACUAGUAGCAAAAAAUUGUGGAUAUCAUCAAGAAGGGAAAGGAAGGGUUUCAGAUCUUGACAGGAAGCUCUUUGAACUGCAGGAUAGCUUUAGUGAGGCAGUCAUUGACUGUUUCCGGGCGACAUUCCAGCUCCAAGGGCUCAGCGACGACUCGCAAAACCAAUAUCUCGAGCAUUACCGUGUGGUCGUUAGCAUGGACCAGCGAAGCUACGCAGGCGUCUUGGAACAGAUGAGUGGCACAAGCCUGGAUCGAUUUGUCAACAGCGGCGUAUAUCAUCAAUGGUAUACUGCAGAGCAGUCCUGUCUUCUGAUCUUAUCCGGCCAUAACGAUAAUGGCUCUAUCUCUCCCCAAUGUUGGCUGUCACCAGUGGCGCUUUGGACCAUAGAUGACUGCAGGAGGGUCAGUUCCACAGUCUACGCUUACUACAUUGUGCCGCACGAAGGCGCCACAAUAUACCAGGUUCUUUCUGGGCUUUUGCUUCAGCUAAUUCGGCGCGAAAAGAGCAUACUUCGGGACGAGUCGCAGCGUGACGCAUUUAAAAGGAAGAUGUACGAAUACCAGCAGAGAACCACAUCAGCAGAGAACUACAAAUAUGGAGAAUCCGAGUCCCUGUACAUGGUGGUUGAUCGAGCAGACCGAUGCCGGAAUUUCCGCGAUUAUGACCAUCGCGAAGCUUUGAAAGAUGGCCUAAAGACGAUGAUUUAUGCCUCUCGAUGCCAACUGAAGAUUCUUGCUGUUUUCGAUGGCAUUGGCUGGGACGAAGAUGAGAAGGGCGCCGGCCAAUCCGUCAUGCAACAGACUAUAAGCCAGCGCUUAGUUUAG